AUGGCACCAAAACUAUCAAAGAUGUUUCCGGAGUCAUGCCUCCUGAUAUUCGUCGGAGUGCUGAUAGGAGCACUCCUGCUCAGUACGCAUAGUGUACACGUCCAGCCUCUAACUCCUGACACAUUUUUCUUGUACAUGUUGCCACCAAUCAUCUUAGAUGCGGGAUACUUUAUGCCGAACAGACUAUUCUUCGACCACUUAGGAACCAUAUUAUUAUUUGCUGUUGUUGGGACCGUCUUUAACACAUUGACAAUUGGAGCAUCAUUAUGGGCGUGUGGACAAAUGGGAAUGUUUGGCUGUAAGACUCCACUGCUGGAGAUGUUGCUGUUUGGCGCAUUGAUAUCAGCUGUGGAUCCUGUAGCCGUAUUGGCAGUAUUUGAAGAGAUUCAUGUGGACGAAAUUCUAUACAUCGUUGUUUUUGGCGAGUCACUUCUAAACGAUGCGGUGACUGUCGUUCUUUACCAUAUGUUUGAGGCUUACACGGAGAUGGGUCCUUCUCGACUUGUUUACACAGACAUUUUAGCCGGAUUAGCUUCGUUUCUCGUCGUGGCAGUGGGGGGUACCCUUAUCGGCUGUGUGUGGGGUCUAGCCACCGGGCUGGUGACACGAUUUACACACGAAGUCCGCGUGAUCGAGCCAAUAUUCAUUUUCGUUAUGGCUUAUCUAGCGAUAACAUUCUGUGGUAUCACUAUGAAGAAUUAUGUAGAAGCUAACAUUUCACAUAAAUCGCAUACCACAAUAAAAUACACAAUGAAGAUGCUGUCAUCCUCAUCAGAGACAAUCAUCUUCAUGUUCCUUGGAGUUGCCACUGUUAACAACAACCACCACUGGAACACUUGGUUUGUUUUGUUGACAAUCGUCUUCUGCUCAAUAUUUCGAAUAUUAGGAGUUUACAUAUUUAGUGCGGUAGCUAAUAAAUUCCGUUUGCACAAACUAAAUACUGUUGAAAAGUUUGUGAUGUCAUACGGAGGUCUCCGUGGUGCAGUAGCUUUUGCAUUGGUGCUAUUAAUAGACCCUGAAGUGGUGAAGCUUCAGCCUAUGUUCGUCACCACGACUAUAGCGGUGAUAUAUUUUACGGUGUUCAUCCAGGGGAUAACAAUUAAGCCCCUUGUUAAGAUCCUGAAUGUGAAAACGGCAGAGAAAAGAAAGCCGACGAUGAACGAAAGAAUACACGAAAGGGGUGCAGAGCCAAAGAUUUUGGAAACAUAUUCAAAAUUAGCUAUGAAAGAUGCUAUAGAAUAUAUGCAAAGGAAUGCCUCUACCAUUGGGAACAUAUCUACAGCGGAAUCAAUGUCGGCCAUUUUUAAAAAUUAUACAAACACAAAUUUCAAUGGAAGUCCAAGUUUCAGCCAACUAGACUCCUCUACGUGGAACAUAGAUAUGCAAGAGCUGGAGUAUAAUCCAUCGAAAAAAGAUUUGACUGAUGCAAAAAUUCAUCAUCUUUUGGCCGAAGAACUAUGCAAACCAUUUAGACGUCACCGUCGUUUAAGCUACAGUAGACAUGCGGUGAAUGAUCGUGAUUUGGGAAUACAAGUUAACUACAAAACCCAUAUGAAUAUCCGACGACGCGUCGGUGAUAGGAAACACCAUCAUAAACGCAGUAAACGUGGGAAACAGAUUAUAUCGAUGAAGUCCUCCAAGAAGAGUGCGAGGAAAGAGAACCAAGGCGAGAAGGUGACGACGGCGGUAUUACUUUCACUGCAAAAUCCCCGCGUAGCGGGAUACAAAGAAGUCAGUCCAACGUCUUCGCAUAAAGAAAAUAGUAGUUCGCUCUUAAACCAGUUGGCUAAUCUACCUGGAUUCAAUCCAUUGAAAGCAAGAAUCGUAAAGCAAUACGCUAAAACGCCAGAAGAGAUUCUGCCGACAGCUGUUGAGAAAUCAUUACCGUGGAGAAGGGACAGAUCCACGUAUAACUUUGUUCCAAAUGAGGAUAUCCUUGAAGAAGACGAAAGAAGAAUGUCAGAUGACAAUGGUAAGUAGACUAUCAUAAGGUACAAUGUAAAAUAUAGUGUAUUUCCUCGCCUCCGAUUUAAUUAGCGAUAAAAGCUUUUCAAGUCGAUUACUGUUUGAAAAAAUUUUGAUUAGAAGUACUUUAAAUAUUUAGAAUUUAUUUAUUUACGUUUUAGUGCGCACAAAUAAAUACUCGUUUUAAUUUUUUUUUUUUUAAUUAUAAUAAAUAAAUUUUUAAAUAACCAUAAUAUUGCAUUGUCAUCUGAUUUACAUGUCUAUGCAAAACUUUAAAUCUAUCUGACAUUGGGAAAUGAGUUAUAUUUGAGUUCCAAAACUUGCGCACUAACUAACAUACUAUUACAACUUAGGGUUCGGGAUAAAAAUUAACGUCAAUUUAAUUCAUAAUCCGACUCUUUAUUUAACAAUGUAAUAUUACAAAAAUAAUUCCAUAACACCAAAAUAUACACUUCAAUUUCACUUCGCUAUGGUCAUUUUAUGAAAGGAAUAGAUCUAGCUAUCUAUUAGUUAUUGCUAAUACAAGUACUUUUACUAGAUACUUUUCUUUCGAUACCAAGUACUUUUGUAAUCGAUACUUUAGAACAGAGUACGAAGUAGUAUCGUGAUAUAUGUAUUUGUAUCGGUACUUGGUCGGUCACUCAAUGAGGAGUGCCAAAAAACUCGCGUACAUAAGACGGUUUGUGUCCUCAUUUUCUAGACACAUACAUGGCAGUGGCGGAACACGCGCGCGUUGCUACUCCUACCGCUACAGAGACAAUGUUGCCAUGGAAACGGGAGGAAGCUGAAGGUUCGGGUGCCCUGAAACAGUCCGAGUUCCCGGCAUGGGCGUCCAACAAGGAGUACUUAGCGUAUAGUUCACCAUCAGCCACAUUUUUAGGCGGUAUAGAGAAGCCAAAACAUCCAAAAUCUAUCAUAGGUCUCUUUCGAAGAGAGAGUUCUAGUUCUACACAAGGAGCAGGGGAGGCAGUGGCCUCAGAUUCGGAGGGUGCUAGAGGAGAGGGAAGUUUGAAGGGAGAAACGAGGAGUGAAGCAGGUCCUCAGCCCCGACAGGGGACUAGUAUGUUGUCCAAGAGAAGCACGAGUUUGGGGGGACCAUCGGUUCUGCUGAUGGAGGAUGUUGCCCAUUCGGACCCACUAGGUGCUUCAUCGAGGCCUGCCAGCAUCAUGCAAGGACCACAUCGUGGACAAUGCCGAAGAGGGUCUAUGUUGGAGCUCACUGGAUCAUUAUCACGAGAUGCUAUCACCGAAGAGAAAUGUUGCAAAUCUCUGCCCGAGAGCGAAAGGAUGGGUGUAAGACGAUUGCCGUUAGGUCAACAAAGCUUGCCACGAGAACCUUUCAUUCGGCAACUGACUAUGGCCUCAACGCUACUAACCAGCUCAUCUUCAGACGAUUCAUCCGAUGAAACCACCUGA